AUGACACUCUUGGCUUUUUUAGUAAUUGAGAUUAGUUUUGGCUUUAGUGUUUUGAAAAUGGAUUAAUGUUCUGAAUGCUCUAAACUUAUUAGAAAAUAGGAUUGUGAAUAUGGAAAUUGUAUUUGGAGUACGAAUAAUGAGAGUAUCGAGGGGAUAUGUAUUGAUAACGGUUCGAAUGUGGAUUAAGGAAAUUCUAGUGGAUAAGCUGAUUAUUGCAAGAGUAUAUUGAAUCCAGCACAAAAUUGUUCCAAAGUAAAAGGUUGUGCUUACUUUAAUUCAAGCUGCACAUUUUUUACAGGUUGCUCUGCAUAUUUUUUCCACACAACCUUCGAUUGUCAAUAAAUAUCGUUAUACUGUAUAUCUGAAGGAGAUGGAUGUAUAGAUGCAAAAAAAUGUGAAGAAUAUUUGACUUAGGAUAUUUGUGAAAAUUCAGGAAGUUCGAGUGGUAAAUGAUGUGAAUUAACUAAAAAUAGGAUCUGGUCAUUGCAAAUGGGAUUCUGGAAAUUUGAAAUGUAGGGAUGAAUUGUGUAGUGAAGCAGGAAUAGGGUUGACUACUGAUUAGGAAUGUUCUAAAUUUAGGUUUGGUUGCAUCACAAAAGGAUAAGGAUGUACAGAGAGUCCUUUAAAGGAAUGUAAGACAUAUGAAAGUUCAGGGCAAGAUUGUAGCAAAUUAAUUGGAUUAGAUGGACCAUGUGAAUUUUUGUAAGGUAGUUAAUUUUGUUAACAAAAAAAAUGUGAAACUGCUCCGAUUACUCAUACAAAAGAUAAGCAAUGUGAUUAGUAUUUGAAGGGAUGUGUCAGUACAGGAAGGGGAUGUGUAGAAAAGUUAUGGCCAUGUAAUACUUAUAAUAAAGAUUGUACAAGUUAUGUAGGGUCAGAUGGAAUAUGUGAAAAUGAGGAGAAGUCAGAGAAUUGUAGAAGUAGAAUUUGUGAAAAUGGAUUAUUUAAUUCAGAUGAGGAUUGCAAUCAAUAUAAAAUUGGUUGUGUUACUAAUGGAAAAUCAUGUGUAACUACUUUGCAAAAUUGUUCAAGUUACAAGGGAAAUAAAAAUACUUGUUUGGGAUUUAUAGGUUUAGAGGGGAUGUGCAAAGGAAUAGAUGAUAAUGAACAGUCAUGUUCUGUGAUGGAUUGUGUUGAAGAUAGUGAUAGUAAAUAUGUGACAGAUGAAUAAUGCUAAAAAAUAUAGAAAAUAUGUAAGACAAAUGGAAUGGGAUGUGUGUAUAAUUUGAAAUUAUGUAAUGAAUAUGAUGGUAGCGCUGAGACAUGUUUUUAAAUGAUUGGAUCUGAUGGAAAAUGCAAAGGGGGCACAGAUGGAAAAUGUUAAAGGAGAUCUUGUUAGGAUGCUCCUAGUACAUAUAACACGGAUUAUGAAUGUAAGAAUUUUUAAUCAGGCUGUGUAACAAAUAGUAAUGGAUGUAUAAAUUAAACAAGUUGUUAAUUAACUCUCAAAGAGGUCAGUUGUUUAGGCACUGCUGGAUGUUAAUGGAAUUCAUCUUGUGUAGAUUCAACAAAAUGCUCUAAUUUUAAUACUCAAGUUAUAUGUGAAAACAAUUCAGCCAUCAAUUACUCAUCUGCAGAUGGGAUUACUACUUAUUAUUACACAAAAUGUUCAUGGAAGAAUAAUUAUUGUUAAAAUUUAUCAUGUUCUGAUUUAAAUGGAGAUAAGUAUGACUCUGAUUCAGCAUGUUAACAAGUAAUGUCAAAUUGUGUCUACAGUGGUUAUGGAUGUGUAGACAGAUAGAGCGAUUGUUCUUUAUUCAAAGGGAGUUAGAAUAGAUGUGCAUUAUAUGCCAAUAAAUGCUGGAAUGAUUAAUAUGCAACAGAGACAUCCCCUUGCAGGAGUAGAUUGUGUUCUGAUAACAUUAUAUUCACAACAGAUGAAGAAUGUGCCUACUUUUAAAAAGGAUGUAGAACUAAUGGUAAAGGAUGCAUUGAAGAUACAAAAUUAUGCUCUGACUAUUAGGGAACAUAAGCAUAGUGCAAUAAAUUUACAGGAUUCAUUUCAAAUAGUUCAGAUAGAUAAUAGUGUUACAACACAAUUGGAGCCACAAUUACUACUAAUUGUAUUGUCAAAACUUGUGAUAUGGCAGUUGGAUUAACUAAUAAUACAGAUUGUACCAAAUUUUUAAAAGGCUGCAUAUGGAAUGGUUUGAGUUCUUGUGUGAAAGAGACUUCUGAUUGCACAGCCUUUUAUGGCACUUAAUAAUUGUGCAAUACAUUUAUUGGCAAUAAGCAAAAAUGUUAUGGUUUAAACACAAACAAUGCCUAUUCUCAAUGCAAGAUUAAACAAUGUGUUGAUAACAAUACCCCUGGACUUACUGAUAAAUAAUGUAAUGAUUUUCUAGAAGGUUGUGUUUCCAAUGGAAUUGGUUGCACACCAAAAGAAACAACAUGUGAUUAAUUUUCUGGUACAUCUGAUACUUGUUCUAAAUUCUUAGGAAAUGGUUAGAAAUGUACUAGAAUGAGUAAUUGUACUACAAGAUUAUGUUCAGAUUAUACUAAUCCUACCAAACAUGAAGAUUGUUAUAAUUAUCAUUCUAAGUGUCGAUUCGUGAAUACAUAAACUUCCUGUAUUGAUCAAACUAUAUGUAAUAAUUAUGUUGCUUAAGGAAAUACUAAUACUGAAAAAACUGCUUAUUGUAGAGCCCUUAAAGAUGAUUCUAAUUUUAUUUGCAGUUAUUAAACAGGAGAUAUUAAUUGUAGCAAUUAUAUUUGUGAACAAAUAAUGACCAAGUUAGAGUGUGAAUCUUACACAAGUACUAAAUUGUGUUAUUAUAUCAAUAAUAUGUGUGUUUCUACUAAAGAUUGUUCUACAAUAACCAUAGACAAUACAUCUGCCAAUAAACCUACUACAAAUUCAACUAAAUUAACUUGGUGUAAUUAAUACAAAGAUAUCAAUAAUAAAUAAUGCUCAUAUCAUUCUACUUUAAGUUCCUCUAAAUGUUCAAAUUUUAUUUUAUGUGAACAAGUAGUUUCAGCCACAAAUUCUGCUGAUUGUAAUAGAUUACUCUAUCAAGAUCCUGAUACUAAAAAUAAAGGUUGUUUGUAUUAUAGUAAUCAAUGUUAUACACUAAAACCAUUAUGUUCAGAUUAUUUUGCUAUUGGUAAUAAUAAUACAGAAAAAUCAGCAUUUUGUUAAGCUAUGAAAUUAAAUACUUCAAUUGGUACAGAUAAUACAAAGGUUAUUUAAUGUUAAUUUGUAAAUGGAGAUUCUAAUUGUUCAUCAGCAACUUGCGAGAGUGUUUCAGUUGCUAAUAACUAAAUAGAUUGUGAUAAAUAGGCCCUAAAUUGUGUCUAUUUUCAAAGUAAAUGUUAUACUAAAUAAAAUGCAUGUACUUCAUACAGUACAUCUUCAGUAUCUUCAAAUAAACCAAUAUUUUGUUCAUAUAUGAAGAAUUCUUCAGGAGAACAUUGUGGAUACAUUGAUGGUAUGAAUAAUUGUAUAAAUUCUUCUUCUGAUUGCUAAUUAUAUCGAUGGGCUAGUUAUAAUAGCAAUCCUGCUCCAUCACCUAUUCCAUCAACAAACUCAAGCAAAAGAACAUAUUGUUAAUAAAGAAGAUCAUCUUCAGGUAGAUUAUGUGGAUAUAUUUAUGGUGAUUCUUAUUGUACUUUAGAAACAAAUUAUUGUGAAUUAAUUUAAUCUCCCUCAUCCUAAUUAAGUUGUGAUCUGUAAGCAAUUGGAUGUACUUAUAUUUAAUCAGUAUCUACUUGUGCUACUACAUCAAGAUUAACCACUUGUAAUGAUAUUACAUUUGAUGAUCAAAUAUUAACAACUGAUGCUGAUAAAUUAAAUUAUUGUAAAUAAGUAAAAAAUUAUUAUGGAUAUUGUACUUGGAUGUCAGCCAGUGGAUAUUGUGAUGAUCUUACAUCAGCAUGUACAUCAAUUAACAUAAGUUCAAUUUCAAAUGAUGAUGAUAAAAAAACAUAUUGUUUAAGUAGAAUGAGUAAAGCAGGGAGUUGUGCUUGGAGAAAAGGAGACACCAGCAGUGCUUGUAGAUCUUUUUCUUGUUUUGACAUCAUGAAUCCUGUAAACUAAGCCACUUGUGAUAGUGUAAUGAGUGGUUGUACUUAUUAUUAAAAAUAAUGUAUUACAUCAUAAGCUAAUUGUAAUACAUAUUAUGCAGAUGGUGAAGAUGAUGAUAAGAAAUUGUAUUAUUGUUCAGGAUUAUCUUAAACAACGAGUAAUUUACAAUGUACUUAUAUAAAAGGAAGUUCAUUUUGCACAGUUAAAACUACUACAUGUGCAUCUUAUACUGUAAGUGCAUUAAGUAAUGCUGAUAAAUUAACUUGGUGUUAUUUAUUAAAAGAUUUAUCAUCAAAUAUUUGUGCUUAUUCAAGUGGAGAUAGUGCUUGUAAAUAAAUAACUUGUGAAUUGAUUAUAAGUCCUUAAUCAUAAAAUGAUUGCAAUUCAUAUUUAUCAGGAUGUCAAUUUUACAAAGGUUAUUGUUACACUAAGCCAACAAAUUGUGGUUCAUAUUCAAUACCUUCUACAAUUACAGAUAAUGUAUCAUUUUGUACUAACUUCAAAAACACAUCUAAUUAAUACUGUGGAUAUGUUAGUGGAAGUACAUGUGCAGCAUAAAGUAGUUGUACUGUAAUAACUGCAGUUGGAGUAACAACAACUUUAAAAUAGUAGUAUUGUUAAGCAAGAAAAUCUUAGGAUGGAUAUGUUUGUACUUAUAUAAGUGGAACUUAUUGUUCAUAAGUGGAUGCAAGUUUAAGUUGUACAUAUAUCACAGGAACAAUAACAAAUUAAGAUAGUUGUUAGUCUAUUUCAGCAAAUUGUUCUUAUUUGGAUUCAACAAAGACUUGUGAUUUGAAUUCAAAUUUAAAUACAUGUGAUAAAUAUUUAUUUAGUAGUACAAUAGAUGAGGAUACAAAGUUAAGUUAUUGUAGAUCAGUGUUAUCAGGAACUUGUAAUUAUUAAUUUGGUGAUACAAAAUGUUCAAAUUAAGUAACAUCAUGUGGUUAAUUUUUAAUAACAAGUGUUAAUGAUAAAAAGAGUUAUUGUGCAGCUAGAAAUAGUUCAAAUGGUAAUUGCGCUUAUGAUGAAUAAAAUGAAAGUUAUUGUAGUUAAAUUAAAUGUAGUGAUAUUGAACUUCCAAAUUCAUAAAUGGAUUGUAAUAAACGUAUGUCUGGAUGUACUUAUUAUAGAAAUUCUUGUGUUUAAAUUUAAAAUAAUUGUAAUUUAUAUAUAACAUAUGGAUCUGAUGAUUAAACUAAGAAAAAUUAUUGUGAAGGUCUAAAAUCAUCAGAUAAUACUUUAUGUACUUUCAUACCAGGUGUAGGAGUAUGUUUCAAUUAAUCAAGCAAUUGUUCAUCAUAUGAUGUGUCUGCUUUAACAGAUAAAAUAGUUUGGUGUGAAUAAUUAAUUUAAAGUGAUGGAUAAAUAUGUACAAAUAUUAAUGAUGCAUCAAGUUGUAGCACUAAAAUUUAUACAUGUGAAACAAUCACAGCAAACAGUUAAUCUGAUUGUGAUAAGAUUCUAGAAAAUGAAUGUAUUUAUUAUAAUACAAAAUGCUAUACAAAAUAAAGUAGUUGUUCAUCAUAUAUAAUUCCAUUAAGUAUAACAAAUAAAUAACUAUUUUGCAAGAAUAUGUUUGAUAGCUCAUAGAAAUAUUGUAUAGGUGGGUCUACAAAUUGUGGAUUACCAACAACUGAUUGUACAAAUAUAGUAGCAAAUGGUAGUGAUGAUUCUUAAAAAAGAAUUUAUUGCAGAGAUUUCAAAUCAUCUGAUGGAUAGAUGUGUGGAUAUUCAUCUGGAUUGAAUUGUGAAAUAGAACAUUAUUAUUGUAGUGUGUUUAUUAGUGCCACUAGUUAAGAAUAUUGUGAUUAGAGAAUAGAUAAUUGUGUUUAUAUUUAAAAGAGUGGAAAAUGUAUUGAAAAAUAUUUGGUAUCAGAUUGUCCAACAAUGUUAUUUGAUUCUGGAUUAUCUAAUGCUAAUAGAAUAAGUUAUUGUUAAUCAUAUAAUCCUUAUGGAAACAUUUGUAAUUGGAGUACUGCAACAGAUCAUUGUGAAUUAGAUACAAAAUAAUGCAUAGAUUUUGAUGCAACUGGAUAAUCUGAUAAAAGAACUUUCUGUUAAUCUAAAUAGGGAUACAAUUGUUCAUGGAGAAAUGGAGAUACAUCUUCAUUAUGUAGAAAAUUCAAAUGUUAAGAUGUUGAUUUAGCUCAAAGUUAAUCUGAUUGUGAUUCUAAAAUAUUUGGAUGUAGUUUUUAUAUUAAUUCUUGUUUCACAAUUGAAAAUAAUUGUGAUAAUUAUUAUGCUUUAGGUACUGAUAAUUAAUUAAAGUAAUACUUUUGCAAUGGAAUUCCAACCAUAUCCAAUCAAAAAUGUACCUAUUUAUCAGAUGAUUAUAAAUGUCGAGUUAGAGAUCAAUGUACUACUUAUAAUGUCUAAAAUGUAAGUGAUAAGGUUAAUGCAUGUUUAGGAAUGUAUAAUCCAACAGGAAUUCAAUGUAUAUAUGUUAAAGGUACUACUUGUAAUUAAGUUGAUAAAUGUGAAACUUAUACUGGAUUAUCUAAUAUGAGUGAUUGCACUAUUUUAUUUGAUACUAAUAAAAGAAAUUGUAUUUAGGGUAAUACUUCAUGUCUUACAUUUACUUGUGAUAAUAUAAGUAAUCCCACUUCUUAAAGUGAUUGUGAUACAUAAUUGAAAGGUUUAUGCUUUUUUAAUUCUACUAAUUCUAAAUGCAUAAAUAUCUCUGAUUGUUCCACAUAUAAAAAGAGUGAUUGGCCAGUUAAUGCUGAUCCAAUCUAACAUUGUUCGACUCUCAUUGAUAAGAAUGGUAAUAAUUGCACUGCUGAUGAUGCUACUAGUAUUUUAUGUAGAGAAAGAUUAUGCAGUGAUAAAUUAUUCUAUUUAAAUUCAGAUUGUAAAGAAUGGAAAUCCUCUUGUAAAUCAGAUGGAGCAAAAUGUAUAGAAUCAAUCAAAACUUGUUCAUAAUUUACUGGUAAUUAAGAUUCAUGUAGCAAAUAUUUAGAUUCUGAUAAUCUCAAUUUUUGUAAAGUUAUAAAUGGUUCAGAAUAAGAUGUAGGACCUUGUUUAUCUUUAUCCUGUUAUCAAAAUACAACAGCAAAUUCUGAUUCAGAAUGUUAAUCAUAUCAAAAUGGAUGUUUAACUAGAGGAGUUGGAUGUAUACCUAAUACAGCUAAAUGUGAUGAAUAUAGAGGAACUAGAGAUCAAUGUGCUAAAUUUACUGGAUAUGUGUCUUCAACUAUUACUGAAAUCUGUUCAGGUGACUUUACAAAUACUGAUUAAUCAAAAUGUAGAUCAAGAAUAUGUUCAGAUAAUUUAAUAGAUAAUAGUGAUGCUCUAUGUUCAUAUUUUAAAACUGGUUGUGUAACCAAUGGAUAAGGUUGUAUUGAUAUUAAUGCUAGUUGUAGUAGUUAUAAGGGAACUCAAUAAUAAUGUAGUAAAUUUAUGGGUAAUAAUAAAACUGUUUAUUGUUGGAAUAAUAUAGAUGCUCCUAGUAAUUAUAAUUGUAUUGAUAAAUUAUGUAAUCAUGUUUUGGGUACUACAGAUCAAUAAUGUGAGUAAGCAUUUCCAAAAGUAUUGAUUAAUGGAAAUUUGACUUUACUUUGUAUUAGUAAUGGUAUCAAUUGUAUCAAAAAUCCAGCCAAAUGCAGUGAUUUUAUAGGCAAUAAUAUUAGUUGUUAGACAUUCACUGCAUUAACUGAUGGACCAUGUAAAGGUAAUUUAGACAAUUCAAUGGGAUAUUGUUAACCUAGAGUAUGUUAUGAAGCAUCAAAAUCAUAUAAUACUGAUGCAUAAUGUUAAGAUUAUCAUCCUACUUGUUUAACAACAGGAUAAGGAUGUAUGAAAUUUUCAUCUUAUGAUAAUUAAGGCAAACCAACUUUAAAUUGUAAUAGUAUUGUUAGUAAUGAUGUAUGUUCUUUAAAACUUGGUUGUACUUUAGCUAGCUAAUGUUUAGUAUCUGUUUCAUCAUGUUCAUUAGUAAAAUCAUAAGCAAUUUGUUAAACAACAAUCUUAUAAAAUGGAAAGAAUUGUGUUUAUGAUUUAUCAUUAAAUUAAUGUCGAGAAUUUUAAUGUUAUGAUUAUGUUGGCAUCAAUGAUAAUAAUAUAUGCUAGUAAUUUAGUAAUAAUUGUACAACUAAUGGUAAUGGAUGUGAAAUUAUGAAAUCAUGUGUAUAAUAUUUUGAAAAACUUACAUGUUAAUCUGCAUACUCUACUGAUCCAAUUAAUAGAUGUAUAUGGACAGAUUAGGGAUGUAGAUAGAGAGAAUGCAAAGAUUUGAAAGGAACUACUAAUUAAUCUUGUAAAUAAUUUAUUUCAGGAUGUAUUACAAAUGGUUAAAAUUGUGUAGGACCAAAUUAUUUAUGUUAAGAUCUACUUGAGAAAACUUGUUUAACAGAUUAUUAAGGUAAUCCUUGUAUAUUUUAUAAAUAAACUUGUUAUUCUUACUCAAAAUGUGAAGAUAUGAAAUUUACUACUCAUGAUGAAUGUCAAUAAUUCUCAGAACUUUGUACAUCAAAUGAAUUAAAUUGUAUACCAUUAAAUAAAUGUCAAUAUUAUACUAAAUAAGUGUCUUGUAAUAUAGGAAUUGAUGGGAUGUGUGGUUGGAAUAAUAACAAAUGCAAUCUAUUUAAAUAAUGUUCAGAUGUUAUGGGAACUUAAACUCCUAUUUGUUAAUAAUACUCAAGUAUUUGUGUAAGUGAUGGUGUGAAAUGUGUUGAAUAAAAUAUUUGUUCAUUCUAUAACUCAUAAUUCCUAUGUGAACAUAAUAAGGGACUUGAUGGAGUUUGUAUAUGGAUUGAUAAUGCAUGUAGAUUGAAAUAAUGUGAAGAUUUGACAACAAAUACAGAUACAUUUAAUAAAUGUUUUAAUUAAUUAAGUCCUAUGCAUUGUUCUAGUAAUGGUACAAAAUGUAUCAGUCUAUCUUCUUGUUAAUAUUAUAAUGAGAAAUCUUGUAUUAUAGGUACAGAUGGACCUUGCAUUUACAAAUUACCUCUUGAUAAGAAAUCAGGUUAAAUCUCUUGCAGACUUAAAUAAUGUUAAGAUGUCGUUGGUAAAACUUUGGAUAUAUGUUUGUCUGCUUUUGAUUCUUCAUAUAAAAAAUGUGUCUCGAAUGGAUCCAUAUGUGUUGAUUUCAAUAAUUGUUCAUCAUAUACUACUAAAAUUGCAUGUACUUCAGGAGGUCUAGAUGGAUAAUGUGCUUUCACACCUAUAGCAUCAUAGUCUAAUGAUGGAAUCUGUAAACUCUUUACAUAAUGUUCAGAUGCAAAUAGUGACAAAGAUACUUGUCUCUCUAAUUCAAAAUACUGUUAAUGGAUUUCAUCAGGUGUAACUAAACAAUGUAUUCCACAUACUUGUCUCACUUAUAAUUCUAAAAAGGAUUGUCUUCCUGUUCCCAGUUAUGAUUAAAAAUCCUUCCUUUUAUGUGCUAAAAUAAAUAAUAUCUGUUAAGAAGUCUAACCAACAACAUUAACCAUGGAAACAUGUUACAUAAAUAGUGCAUAAACAUAUAUUUGGAAUACAUCCACAUCUAAAUGUGUUUAAUGUAAAAUUAAAACUGAUAAUAAUGUUGCCCCAAAUUCCUAAGUAUCCACAAAGUCAUCGGUUUUGCUAUUUACCUUAGCAAUCAUAUUCAAUUUAUAUUUCUGA